AUGGCAUUGUUUCAACGAGGCAAGGAUCCCGUGGUUACGGCUGAUCUAGAGAAUGCUAUCGAAGCCGGCCAUGGUCACUGUUCCCAAGACAAGAGCGCAUCAGUCCUACAACCCGAUAACCACAAUGGCAUUACCAGAAAGAUCGCUCCUGGUGGUGAAAGUGGGCGGAGGGGCAUACACCCAUUACACUUCUUCAGGAUUCUUUGGACAUCGACAAGCGAUGCAUCUAGGCUCUGCAACAUACUAUGGCCCACGGUCCCAGCAGCACUCGCUCUGCGCUACAGCAAGAGUGACUUGCACCUUGUUAUCUUCAUCCUCAACUAUCUUGCCAUGGUACCGUGUGCUAAUACGAUUGGCUUCGCCGGACAAGAGUUUGCACGCAAGAUCCCAAAAGUAGCCGGCAUCCUGAUCGAGAACACACUGGGAUCGGUGGUUGAGCUUAUUCUCUUCAUGGUCCUAUUAACACGGGACCAGUUUCCCGUCAUCAAGUCCGCAGUCCUAGGCUCAAUACUUGCUACAAUGCUUCUUUGUCUCGGGCUCUGCUUCUUCGCUGGCGGCCUGACACGCGGCGAGCAAGAAUUCAGUGAUACCGUGAGCGAAGUCGGAUGUGGUCUAUUACUAACAGCUGGGCUUGCCCUUAUUGUUCCCUCUGCUUAUUACCAUACCAUCGCUGGCGCUUCAAACAUUACAGAGGAGGCCAUUCAAGACAACGUGCUUCACAUCAGUCGAGUCACCUCAAUCCUUCUCAUUAUCGCCUACCUCAUCUAUGUCUGGUUUCAGAUGCGAACACAGCACUGCAUCUUUGAUGCCAUCUUGGAGCGGGACGAAGAGAAGGAUGCAGACAAAGCUAGAGAUGCUGCAAAGUCGAAGCUCACCUUGACAGAGUGUGUCAUCGCCUUGGUAGUAUCUAUGACUCUAGUGACACUGGUUGCUAUAUCAUUGGUUGAGCAAAUUGAUUACAUCGUCGAGGAACGCGGCAUCACCGAGGCUUUCAUGGGCCUUAUCCUUGUCCCCCUUGUUGAGAAGGCCGCCGAGCAUCUUACAGCUAUCGACGAAGCCUGGGACAACCAGAUGAACUUUGCCCUAUCUCAUGUUCUGGGCGCGACCAUCCAGACUGCUCUCUUCAAUACCCCGCUAGUAGUCAUCAUAGGAUGGGGGCUUGGUAAGACAAUGAACCUCAACUUUGAGCUCUUUGAGAUCAUUAUCAUGAUCCUGGCAAUCGUUGUUGUAGGCAACUUCCUUCGCGACCAGAAGAGCAAUUAUCUUGAGGGGGCACUCUGCGUUAUUGUAUACGUCAUCAUCGCUGUCGCUGCCUUCUACUAUCCCGGUAGGUCAGUGUAGCGGAAGGGAAUGGUGGUGUACAUUCUUCAGUAGCCAAUGGUGUUAUGUUACUUUGUCCCUAAUUUAGUAGCUUUUUGUCACCAAGACAGUGUUGAAUCCUU